UAUUUCCGCAUAGUGACGCUCAGUACAGCGGCUUAAGUUUUUUCUUAACAAGCACGUGGCUAUCAGAAAAAUCAGAGUGGUUUUUAAAAAAUUAUAAAAAUCAUUUACAAGUUUUAGGAUUUUCAUCCUCCAGAAAGCUGGAAUUAAAUAGAAAAUGUUUGUUGAUGAAAAAGUUCAUGAAGCCCAAAUUCUGAAUGGAAAAAAAAUUUCAGAAGAAAUAUUGAAAAAUGCAAGUGCAGAAAUUGCAUCAAUAAAAGAAAAGCAUCCUUCAUUUUCUCCAGGACUAUCAAUUUUGCAGGUUGGUAAUCGUGAGGACUCAACAGUUUAUGUGGGAAUGAAAGUCAAAACUGGAACUAGUCUUGGAUUUUGUGUUAAUCAUGUUAAGUUUGACAAAAAUGUGACGGAGCUUGAGGUUUUGCAAAGUAUAGAUAAUUUGAACAAAGAUCCCUCUGUUCAUGGUAUAAUUGUACAGCUUCCAUUAGAUUGUUUCGAAAAGAUAGAUUCAGCAAAAUGUACAAAUGCUGUUCUUCCAAGUAAAGAUGUUGAUGGGCUUAAUGAAGUAAAUGCUGGACGCUUAUCACGAGGAGAGUUAAAAAGUUGUUUUCAUCCUUGCACUCCUCAUGGUUGUAUGGAGCUUUUAAAACAUACCGGUGUUGAAAUUGAAGGGAAACAUGCUGUUGUGGUUGGAAGAAGCAAACUAUUGGGUUCCCCCAUGGCUAACCUGUUAACAUGGGCAAAUGCUACAGUUACAAUAUGUCAUUCUCGAACAAAAGACCUUGAUAAAAUGAUUUCUCUUGGGGAUAUUGUUAUUGCUGCUUGUGGACAAGCUGAAAUGAUUAAGGGGAGUUGGAUUAAACAAGGAGCCAUUGUUAUUGAUUGUGGAAUAAAUGUUAUACCAGACGAUACAAAAAAAUCUGGUCAUCGUUUGCUGGGUGAUGUAGAAUAUUCUGAAGCUAAAAAAAGAGCAUCAUGGAUAACUCCAGUACCAGGGGGUGUUGGACCGAUGACUGUUGCAAUGUUGAUGAAAAAUACAUUGGAAAGUGCUAAAAGUCAACUUUUUUAAAAGCGUCUUUGACAAGUUUGGUGUUCGUCGUUAAAUGAAAUGAUUUUCAUUCUAUUUUGGACCUAGUUUUGGCGUUAAGAAUAAUGAAAGAAUUGUGUUAACGAAACGCAACUUACAGCUUUUUUACAUCUCGUAAAAUAAAAUAUCUCCACGUUUCUCCCAGCAAACAUAAUCUCUCAAUGAUGUCUCUAGCCGUCAAAUUUGGUUAAAAGAUAUCUUUAAACCUCAUGUGUUUGCUGGGCUUUGUCAGACAUUCUAUUUUUGUUAUCAUAUUUGCGAAAAUGUUAGAUAUUUUUUGAGUUUUGUAAUAACGUUUGACAAUAAUAUAUUUCUAUAAAAGGUA